AUGCCAGUCUCAAAUAAUCUAAAGAAGGCUCAAAAGACCCGCAGCGAUCUCUAUAAGUUCGCUAAGUCCCACAACCUAGAUGUUAAUUGGAAAAUGACAACCUCCAAUAUGGAGAAGGUUGUCAAUACAUUCAAACAAACCAAAGUAAAAACAAUUGUGAAGACACUCCGUAAGGUUAAGCUAAACAAUGACACAGCUAGUCUAAAAGCUAUCAAUAAAACAACAGGUAAAGUUGAAAUGCAAUUGAAUCGUUUCGAGCGUAUCCGCAAAGACAUUGUAGCUCCAGCCGAUAAGAAACUUUUACUGCAUUUUAAAGGUGAGAAUGGAUCCGUUUUGAAAACAUAUCAUCUACAAGAUCGACUAAUUAAUAUUGAUAAUCUAUAUAUCACUGAAGAGAAUCAAUAUAGUUCCGGGGCUGAUAUUGAAUUAGACAUUAUUCCAACAUCAACAGUUGAAAUCGAAUGGUUAAACAAUCCAAAGCACUCUCGAUCUGAGAGAAAGAAUUUCUUUCGUUAUCUAACUAAAGCAAAUUACAAUUUAAAUGAUUUUCAAGUUUAUUAUGAUGAUUGGGAAGAUAGGUUUAAAAUGACUAUUGUAGAAGAAAAUUCAUAUAAAGAGCAAAGAGAAACACCUUGCUUUCUAUUCGCUCUAACUCAAGCUGGUGUUGAUGAAACAAUCGUAAAAAGUAUCUCACAAACAAUGUUUAAUUCAGGUGCUACUGUUGAUUUCAUUCGCAAGACAGCUAAUGCAUUCAACCUUUACAUCUCAGUGAAACAAUACUAUCCAAAGAGUGAUACAGGUAGAGUUGAUAACAACAUUUCUGUCUACGGAGUUAAAACUGAAAAUCUUAUACAAUUAGGUUCUGUCGGUCAACAUCUAUUUGCCAUCAAACCAACUCAAAUUACCAAAGCCGCUCUUGAUAAUCCUACAUUAGUAAGUCAACAUCAGCGAGCUGAUUUUAUAGUAAAAACUGGAAAGGCAUACUUUAAAUCCAAUCGCAUUAAAUUACUUGACAGUUAUGAGGUAAUCAGUUAUCUAUAUCAUCAUCGUGAAACACUAUUAGAUCCAAUUACACAAACCAAUGUACCCGAGUUAUUAAAUAAUAACUAUCAAAAGAUUGAAUCUUUAACUGAAGUUGAUUUUGAUGCAAGUGGAUUCAAAAGAAUCGGUAGAGUAAAUUCAAAUGGAGAGAAGAAUGAAACUACUUUGAAUGUUGGUCGCGCUCCUUUUAAACAGUUCACUAGAGAUAACAAUGGAAUAGGAAAAUUUGUUGAAGUUAAUGAAUAUAAUGUUAUUUAUUUUGAUUUUGAAACUCUGGUUGAAAAUAAUGAACAUAUUCCUUAUUGUGUAUCAUAUUGCAUCGGACGUAAGACUGAAAGCAAUGCUAUUCAAUUUAGUAAAACAAAAAGCUUUUAUGGAAUUGGAUGCGAAUUAAAGUUUUUAAAUGACUUACCUAGAAAGAGUCGUAAUCUACUUUGGGCUCACAAUGCAGGUUUUGACUGUCGAUUUAUCCUUAAACAUUUAUCAUAUCGGAAAAAUGAUACAAAUCUGAUUGAAUCUGGAACAAAAUUAAAGCAGGCUCAUGGAUUUUUCUAUGGUCGUGAGAUUGUUAUUAAAGAUACUAUGAGUUUCAUUGCUAGUAAAUUAGCAGAUAUGCCCGAAAUGUUUAAAUCAUCGUGCAAUGAUAUGGCACUAGAAAAAGAGUGCUUUCCACAUAAAUUGGUUUGCAAAUAUAAUCAUCUACUACUUUGGCCAAUGGAUCUAUUAGAUUACUAUGAGGAAAAAGAAACACUAAUAGCUAAUGCUACUAAAAUCAAUGCUUGUGAUGAUAAAUAUUUCGAUUGUGAAAAGUAUGCUAUUCACUAUUGUGAGAGAGAUGUUGAUGUUCUACGAAACUGUUUUGAGGCGUUUAGAAAAAUGUUUAUUGAUCGAUUUAAUAUUGAUGUGUAUCGCUUUAUGUCAAUGCCUUCAUUAGCAUAUGCUAUUCAACAUAAUGAGGGUUGCUUUGAUUAUUGUUAUGCAAUGAAUGGCAACGUUCUAGCAUUCGUUCGCGAUGCAAUUGUUGGUGGUCGUGUUAUGGCUCGAGACAAUGAGAAACACCAUAUACAACAUAAGCUUGCAGAUUUUGAUGCUGUAUCUCUGUAUCCAUCAGGGCAAGCUGAACUCGAUGGAUAUAUUAGAGGAAAACCUAAAUGGUUCCAAAAUACAAUUCCAAAUGAUGCUGAUUACUAUAUUGCUCGCGUAAAAUUUGAGUCAAUUGCGCUUGAAGAUAUUAUUGAAUUCCAGGAUGUUAAAAUUUCAAUUAUGGAAGGUGUUUAUUGGAAUGAAGGAUUCAAUAAUCAAAUUGUAUUGACAAUCAAAUCACUAUUUGAGGAGCGACUGAAAUUAAAAAAAGAAGGCAAUCCACUUCAAAACGGUAUCAAAUUAUUAAUGAAUUCAGCGUAUGGCAAACUAAUUCAAAAGCCAAUUGUUAAGCAAAAGGUUUUGGUUAGUGAUGAGAAAAGUAUUCUUGAAUAUACUAUCAAAAAUAUUAAUAAGAUGAUCUCUAGAACACCAAUUACAGAUGAUUUAGCAUUGUUUGAAGAGCACAAGGCAUUAUCAGAACAUUUUAGCCCAGCUCAUCUAGGAGUACAAGUAUUGGAUAGUAGUAAACAUAUUAUGAAUACAGUGAUGUGUUUAGCAGAAGAUAUUGAUGCUAAGAUAUGGUACCAGGACACAGACUCUAUGCACAUCGAUUACGAUGCUGUCAGUAGACUUGCAGAUGCUUUUAGAAAAAAAUAUAACAAAGAGUUAGUUGGUAAGCAAAUGGGACAAUUUCACGUCGAUUUCGAUCUUAAAGGAUCAGAAGGUAAUAUCUAUGCUAAAGAAUCUAUCUUUCUUGGCACCCUAUCGCUUCUAGAACGUAUCGUAAUAGAUGUCGGUCGUGUUGGAUCCAACGGCGUGUUGCUGCUGCUAGUCAGUUGA